CCAGACGCGCAUUGCGAGCAACCAGUUGCGGCGAUGAACAAGUCAGCGAGCGCACAAAGAACAAAGCUAGAAAAAAAGAAUCAAAAAAUUGGUAAAAAGUAAAACACGCGGCACGCGGCUAAGAAUAACUAAAAACAUAAGAACAAUAAAAAGUGCUUUAUCAGCAAGCGACAGUUUAAUUUUUUUCUUUAUUUAAAAGGAGCUCCUCUGGAAAUUGAGACAAACAUCUCGUGAAAAAAGCGCAUUCUUACAUUAAGAAGCCAUAUAGAAAAUAAAAUGGAGAACGUGAGAACUUUCUUUUCUGGACAAAACAAAGAUGGAACUUUGACAAAUAAUCAGCGAAACGGUGGAUUAAAUCCGUUUACUGGGCGCAUCGUGCCUGCCGGCAUAGGCAGCGGACUGCAAGGCAAUAUGAGCCCACAUAGUGAUGGAGUGGAUGUUAAAACUCAUCACGAAGUCAAGCGGAAAGAUAGCGACAGUUAUUUCUAUAUAAUGUGGCGCUCGUAAAUCGCAUCAUUAGUUGACUAGACUCCAACGCAACUUUUUAUUCUAAAGUUACCUGCAAUCAACUUACACAACAUCUGUAAACACAUCCAUAUAUAAUAUAUGUACUUAUAUAUUAAAUUAAAAUAAUUUAUUAUAUAGAUACAUGUAUGUAUGUAAAUUUAUAAGUUGCAUACAAUUUUAUAUGCUAGUGAUAUUAGUUUUAGAAAAACAAAAUUUUUUUACGACAUUUGCAUUUACACAUCAAGAACUAUCAGGGAAUAGAAGAAAUUCCAGCUGAAAUGUUGGUACAUGGUAUUCCUGUCCUUGUACAAAUGGAUUCACUUGAUUUAUUGAUUAUCUUUUGUUGGCUAAUUUGUGCUAUCCUAUUCCUUCCAAUCUUAUUCAUUCUAUGCGUUUACUUACCUGAAUUACCUGUUAGAUAUAUAAAACACAUCCGAUCAAUGAGUUAAAAAUAUGCUUGUGUAUACAAAUCUACAACUGUAUUUAAAUGUAAGCAAUUAAUUAUUAAAUUUUGUAUAGUAUUGUCUACUAAAUAAGUUUUAAUGCGACUUGUAUUGCAAUAAAUAUCUAUGGAAAUCACAAAA